CAGGUUUUGAAAUUAUUCCUUAAGAUGUAAAUGCAUGUCGCAAACGAUUGGAAGAAAUUGAUUUUAUGUAUCAUUCGCACUGUAAUCAAUCAAGUCACUGCGUACUGUAUUGGAUCACUGACUUAGUUAUCUGGAGGCCAUCAAUUCAAUUUCGAACAUCAUUCAUGUUUACUUUCUCCUACAGUAAUUUUUAAUUUAGGUUUUUCUGAACGCUACCUUAUUACUUAUCUUAUAGGAUGCUAUGUAUCCGAAUAAUCUAUCUAGGUAAAUUGAUGUACUAUUUUCUGAUAUAUUUGCGACCAAUUAUUUGUAUGUUUAUGUUUUAAAAGGCUAUGAUCGAAGUACAAAAUUACUGGCGCACUUUUAUACCACAAUUCACAUUCAAUAUGGGAUUUUGUGGUGCAUUUUUCAGUAAAUCUCGUUGGUCGGACAAAAUUGUCUACAAUUACAUUUUACAAAAUCGCCAUAAAUUUUGGUGGUUUAAUCAUUUUUGGGAUCAUCGUAGACCGCAUAUGAUGAACAAAACAUGUAUUCAACAAGAAAUAGAACGUAAUCAAGAAUUUGCAAAGGAACAUGAUAUUCCAGUUCAAAUCGGUUAUUCUAUUGCACCUCGUCAUUCUGGAGUUUAUCCUGUAUAUCCUGACCUUUAUGAAGCAUGGCGUUCUGUUUCAAACGUAAAUGUUACAUCUACAAUACAUUAUCCUUAUGUCAGACCAUCUGAUUUUCGUUUGGGUUUCCGUUACAAUAAUAUUCAGGUACUUCCUCGUCAAACCUGUGGAAUUUAUGCUCAUACGCUUCAUCCCGAGGAUAUCCCAGGCGGAAUGAAACAACUAAAUGAGUAUAUUUUUGGUGGGGCAUUAUUUCGUACGUUUUUGUUCAAUCCGGUACGUUUAUUACUAGUCAUAUGA